GUCCUCGUUUUCCGUUUGAACAAUGGUCGCGUCUGCCGUCUUCCUGCUCGAUCUCAAGGGGAAGGUGCUGAUCUCCCGCAACUACCGCGGCGACAUCCCCAUGAAUGCCGUCGACCGCUUCAUGCCUCUCCUGCUCGACAUGGAGGAGGAAGGCACCUCGUCCCCCAUUGUGAUUGCAGACGGCGUUACGUUCGUCUACGUCAAGCACAGCAAUGUCUAUUUGGUGGCCACGACCAAGCGUAACGCCAACGUCGCCAUGAUCUUUGUCUACCUGCAUAAGCUUCUCACGGUCUUCACCGAGUAUUUCAAGGAACUCGAGGAAGAGAGCAUCCGCGACAACUUUGUCAUUGUUUACGAGCUGCUGGACGAGUUGAUGGACUUUGGCUACCCGCAGGCCACCGACUCUAAGAUUCUCCAAUCGUACAUUACUCAAGAGUAUCACAAAGUAGAGGAGGCGCCACGCCCGCCUGUCGCACUCACGAACGCCGUGUCGUGGAGGCCACCGAACAUCAAGUACAAGAAGAACGAGGUGUUCUUGGAUGUGGUUGAGUCGGUCAACAUGCUUGCAAACGCAAACGGCAACGUUUUGCGGUCUGAGAUUGUGGGCGCAGUCAAGAUGCGCGUCUUCUUGAGUGGCAUGCCCGAGUUGCGGCUGGGCCUCAACGACAAGGUGCUAUUCGAGGCAACGGGCCGAACGGCCGGCAAGGCCAAGGCGGUCGAGCUCGAGGACGUCAAAUUCCACCAGUGCGUGCGUCUCUCGCGCUUUGAGAACGAUCGCACCAUUUCUUUCGUGCCACCGGAUGGCGAGUUUGAGCUCAUGUCCUACCGUCUAUCCACCGCCGUCAAGCCGCUGAUCUGGAUUGAGGCCGUCGUCGAGCGACACUCGCACUCGCGCGUCGAAUACCUCAUCAAAGCCAAGAGCCAGUUCAAGCGUCGUUCGAUUGCCAACAAUGUUGAUAUCGUCAUUCCAGUCCCGUCGGAUGCUGAUUCGCCAAAGUUCAAGACCACCAUCGGCACGGUCACGUACUCACCCGAAAAGAACGCCAUCGUUUGGAACAUCAAGCAGUUCCCUGGCGGCAAAGAGUUCCUCAUGCGCGCUCACUUUGGUCUGCCCAGUAUUGAUGCUGAAGACCAGGAGGGCCGACCACCGAUUUCGGUCAAGUUUGAGAUUCCAUACUUUACAACCUCCGGCAUCCAGGUCCGCUAUCUUAAAAUCAUUGAGAACAGCGGCUACCAAGCACUUCCGUGGGUGCGCUACAUUACACAAAACGGUGACUACCAAUUGCGUAUGAACUAAAGCCAAGAAGCCAAGUUCUUGAUUUGUUUCUAAUCGGGAUUCCCUCAUUUUUUUUUUGGCUGUUCCGUCUUAUUUCUUGGUGGGGGUGCGUGGUUUUUUUUUAAAAACAACGAAUCUUUGGAGUGAUUCCAACCGCUCGCCUCCUUGUCAAUUUUGUGUAACUGUGUGUUGGUAUCGGUGUGUUUUUGUGGAAUGAUAAAUUUUGUUG